GCGCAGAUUUUAAACCUACCGGUUUGUUUUCACGUCAGUCUCCGUUUAUUUCAUUCGGACUUUACCACCGCGCCAUGUUUUUAAUUCUCAGCAACACCUGCUGAGGUAUUUUAGCGGUGUUUCUUUUUUAUCGAGAGACUCAACGUUUAGCAGAAAAAUGGCGGACUGGAAGAAUCAGACAACUUACAACUAUAACCACUCUUACCACGCGUAUGCCUACGGCGUCGUGUAUACGCCCGAACAGAACUCCGGCUGGAGCCAGAGCGCCCCUACGGAUUUCAGCUAUAAUUCCGGGACAGCACAGGCCUGCUACACCGCCAGCAACGCCGUUCAGACCGAGGAGGGGUCCCCGGGGGUCAGCUCCGGUUCUUACACCGUGAACGGGCAGCGCUAUCAGGGUUCGGGUCUUGUCUACGUCGGUAAUCCCCAGACAGGUCACCUGCUGCUGGCAGCUAGACCCUACCGGACUGCUGCCCUUGAAGCUUGGGGUAACCAGGCGGAACGGGCCAGGCAGGACUCUGUCAGCGACUCGGAGGCGCACACCUCACCCAAUUAUUGGAGCUCUGGCAGCAGCCGUGAAGUUGGCUUUCCCCAGACGGACCCGUCUCUGUGGAUGCAGAGAGCUGUUGCAGGAGGCAGCGAGGAUGUUUCCAGCUCUCUCAUGGAUGAGCCCCAGACUUUUUCCACUUCUGAGAACAUGAGCACCAAUGAUCCAACUCGUCUUGCUGCACCCCAAACUGACUUGAACUGUCCUCAAAGCCCCGCUGCAAAUAAACCUACAUCAAAGGUUCGCGUUGCCUUCUCAGGGGCUCAGAUGAAUGCUCUUAGUCAGCGCUUCAAAAUUCAGAAGUACCUCACUCCUAAAGAGAUGAAGGACUUGGCAGAAAAGAUUAAUCUGACCUACAAACAGGUGAAAACCUGGUUUCAGAACCGUAGGAUGAAGCUCCGGAGACUUCAGAAGGAUAACAACUGGCAGUUGGAGUUUUCUGGCCAAAAUAGAGAUGGAUCGGUGUAUGCACCUACAUUCUCCAGCAUGCCCUCUCCUUAUUCAGACGAAGGAUGUCCUCCACUCAGGCAGCAUUGCAACCAGCACGCGCUGAAGGCCUACUACCUGGCAGCUGGAUCUGCUGGUUACCCACCCUGGUCUGUUAACUUGCCUCAGGCUGCCAUACCUCAUGUGAACAGGCGGUCUGGGGCACCUGCCAGCAGCCACCUGGAGCCGAAUCUCUAUGCAUUCAGCUCUGUGCGCAAUGAGAGUAAGGAUGGAGAGCCGAGAAACCGCCAAGGCCCCCCCUUGUUGUACGCCAACCAAUAGCUGCCUUGUUAGCCGAGGUUUUGUCCUCAGGCGACGUGCACGUGUUCCUUGUACUUUCAAAUGUUCAAAAGCAUUUCUUCCAUUUUUAAACUGCUUGGUGUUUUGUGACAGCAACAGGAUUAAUUUUGCUUUGCAGUUUUGUAACGAGUGCGUAAAACACUUUCCAGUGUAUUUUUUUAAAAAUACAUGUGUUCAAUUUGAAAA